AUGGUGAUGAACAUUGUUGGUAUUGUAAUUUUGGGGCUUGUUUGUACUGGAAUUGGAGCGAACGCUAUAUUCACAAAUAAUGAAAUCGGAAAUCUACUGGCACCUGGAGAUUUAACAGCAUUUUCAAAUCCUUUAAAUAUCUUUAGAAAUUCGUAUAAAAGGAGAUGUCCUCUCUGCGACCCCUCUAUCUAUAGUUAUUGUACCGAUAAACUAUUCCACGAUUCCUGCUGUUGUAAUAAUCCUAAUAAUCCUUAUGAACAACUUCCGUAUCAAUGUAAAUUCGCGGACUGUAGCUUUCUUCAUGCAAAUUCUUGCUCGGAACAUAAACUGAUCACAGCUUGCUGUUGUAUUAGUCUUUAUCGAUAGGAAAAAUAAAACAACAAUUUGUAGAAAAUAUUUUCAAUUUAUUUAUUUAUUUAUUUUUCAUUCAAUAAAUUAUUUAUUAUAUGGC